GGACACCGAUCGAUUGGUCCUCAGAGAUAAGGAUCAAGAGGGCAGAGGGGACAGACCUUAAGAAGCAAAACAUCUGCAUUCAAGAAUCAGUUCCGUCGUCCCGCAGCGACUGGCCCAUGCAAUUACCUGUGAACGAACCCCCGGUGUCUACUCCGAGUCGCCAAGUUCCUCCCAUGACAAUUCGUGGAGGAGAAGAGACCGGAC